GCUUUUUUUUUUUCCUUUAAUGUUCCGAGUGUUACAUCCGUUGCUCGAAACCUGCAUGACUUCCCUUCCCUCCAACCUUUCAUGAAUUCUGUUGCUCGAAGCCUUCAAUCCGAUCAUAUUCUCCUUCGUCUAAAAAAUUCCCCUUUUCUUCCACUGCCCGUACUGCAUCAAGUCCAAGCCCAAAUUCUCACCAACACAAAUUUCCGUCACUCCUCCCCUUUCCUUUCCGAGUUCCUCUCAUCCUGCUCUCGUUCUCACAACCUCCCCGCCGCUUACCUCCUCCUUAAGAAUCUCAGCAACUCCGUCCCGUCUCCAUGUACUCAUUUUCUCCGCUCUUAUGCCGAAUCCCUCUCCUCUCAACAAGUUUUCGUCUUGUACCGAGAAAUGCUCCGCCAAAAUAUCUCCCAUGACAGAUCAAUCUUCACAGUUAUGCUCCGUUCCAGUGCCUGCGAGCCCUCCAGUGUUGGGGACUCUCUCCAUUGCCAGAUUUUGAAGUUGGGAUUUGCAUCUGAUAUCUUUCUAAUGACAGGAUUACUCGAUUCUAAUGCGAAAAGAGGAUGCUUGGAAUCUGCCCAGAAGUUGUUUGACGAAAUGCCUGCAAGGGAUGUUGUUGCUUGUAACGCCAUGAUUGCUGCAUUGUGUGUUCGUGGCCGCACAGAAGAUGCCAGAAAUCUGUUCGAGGAAAUGCCUAUGAAGAGUUCGGCUUCCUGGAACACUAUGAUAUCAUGUUAUUGCAAGCAAGGCAAUGUUGCUUUGGCUAGGGAGAUCUUUGAUCAGAAUCCUGUUAAGGAUGUUGUUUCAUGGAACACAAUGAUCGAUGGGUACUGUAAGGCAGGAGAACUUAGGUUUGCACAUGAACUGUUUGAACAUAUGGGUCAUGCAAGAAAUUCAGUGACAUGGAAUACUAUGAUAUCUGGGUAUUUACAUCAGAGGGAAUUCGGUAUAGCAAUUUCGUUGUUUCGAGAGAUGCAAUUCAAAAAUGUUAAGCCUACUGAGGUGACUAUGGUGAGCUUGCUUUCAGCUUGCGGUCAUUUGGGUGCUUUAAGCAUGGGUAGAUGGAUUCAUGCUUAUAUUUGUAACCACCAUUUAACUAUUGAUGUUGUUUUGGGAAAUUCACUUAUAGAUAUGUACUUUAAAUGUGGGAACAUUGAGAUUGCACUUGAGGUGUUCCAUGAAAUGCCUCUUAAAAAUGUUUUCUGCUGGAAUUCUGUCAUUGCUGGCUUUGGAAUGCAUGGCCAUGGACAAAGUGCCAUAAAAGUUUUCCUUGAAAUGGAUAGAAUUAGUGGACUUAAGCCAGAUGGGGUCACAUUUGUUGGGCUAUUAUCUGCUUGUAGUCACUCUGGUUUGAUUUCUGAAGGCAAAAGUUAUUUCUCCCAAAUGUAUGAAGUUUAUGGAAUAUUGCCACAAAUUGAACACUAUGGCUGCAUGGUAGAUCUUCUAGGUCGUGCAGGUCUGCUUCAAGAAGCCAUGAACUUUAUAGAGACAAUGACCAUCAAACCGAACUGUGUAGUUUGGGGCAGUUUGCUUCGUGCAUGUAAAAUUCACAAGGAUACUGAGGCGAGUGAGUGGGCAACACGGCGACUCUUAGAAUUGGAUCCUAAUGACGGAGCAAAUUAUGUUUUCUUGUCCAAUGUGUAUGCAUCAGCAAACCGAUGGGAUGAUGUUGACAUCAGUAGGGCGAUCAUGAUGGAACAAGGGGUUCGCAAGGUACCUGGCUGUAGUUCUGUAGAGGUGAAUAACGUGGUUCAUGAGUUUGUUGUUGGUGAUACUUCACAUCCACAGUUUGAAAAGAUUAAGGCCUUUUUGAGUGAGAUUGAAAGGGAGUUGAGGAACCUGGGUUAUCAACCAGAAACAGGUUCUGUGCUUAAUGAUAUAGAGGAAGAGGAGAAAUAGAAUGUUGUCUUGUAUCAUAGUGACAGGGUUUCUAUUGCUUUUGGAUUGAUUAACAGGAGGAAAAUGGAGCCGAUUCGAGUGGUGAAGAACCUUAGAAUGCGCGGCAAUUGUCAUGAAGCAACAAAUUUUAUAGCUUGGCUAUUUAAAAGGGAAAUAAUUUUGAGGGAUAGCAGCCCAUUCCAUCAUUUUAGAGAUGAAGCUUGUUCUUGUCAUGAGUAUUAGCGAGGCCCUCUUUUUAUUAUUUGAGAUUGCUUCUGGAGGGAGGGGUGAUCUCCUGUCAGAGGACAUGUUGGCUUACAGAAGUCCGUUAGCCAAUGAAGCGGUGAGCGCGGUAUUAUGAAGGCGAGCCUUGAGGUCGACUUUCCCCAAGAGGCCUCCACCUUGACUCUCACCACACCAGCACCGCCUCCAGUCGCGUCCACCACACCAGCAUCACCAUCAGUCACGACUACCACACAAGCAUCACCACCAGUCGGGACCACGACACCAGUACCAUCACCAACUGCGACCAACACACUAACACUGUCACUAUCAAUUGCUAUUGAUGCAUCGCUAGUUCAAGCAACGCAAGCAAUUAUCAUCAGCUCCGGGUCAUUCAUUCUAUUAGAGAAAUUAUUCGGAGCAAGUACGGUCACCCUUACUUAUCCUGGAGAGAGAUCCCGAUGACAGUUCGGGAUAUGUGAUUUUGAAAGUUUGUGUAGUCUUGGUCCCCUGAGGAGAAGGCACACAUCCGUAGGAACUUCGAGCUCAAGGUGAGCAAUUGUCUUCACGACCAGCUUGACGAUAUACAUUGGACAUUUUAGUGCCUCUUGUGGCUCAACGAGGAUGUGUUCACCGCCUUGUUUAGAGUUUGAGACUCUCCGGAGUAUCAGAAGAAGAGGGAGCAGACCAAGCAAAAUUGUUAUUCUGACUGCGGGGGCAUGGGGGCCUCUAAGCACACUGGUGGGGCGCUCCUACAUACAUAGUACAAGAGGAGACUCUAGAGAAAGGGUGGGAGCCAACCAAUCGCUACAGAGUUACAUGAGCACAAUCAUAGGCGGUAGUGAAAUCAGUUCUGGGUGGACAACAGAUCUUGGGCAACCCGGAUAGUUCACAAGAUUAAUUAGUCUAAAAUUGAAAUAACUAUCAAAUUUUAUUUUUUUCUAACUUUCAUUAAUCAUAUUUUUUUGUAGGAGGCCUUCUAAUGACUUAAGGAGAGUUGAUCCUAGUAGUGGGGCAGUGAUUUGGCCACAUUUCAUGAUCAUUCUAAAUAUGACCUUUGGAGGGAGGUUGUCGGCAAUAAGAACAAGGGAAUGGUCUAUGGGUUGGGGUCCCAGACACCUGCCUAUGAUGCCUGCCCGAUGUCUAGCACAUCUGGUGCAUCUACGUCCAUUGAACAGGAGGAGAUUCGUUGCCAGAUUGCUGCUG